AUGUUCGACAAGCUCAAAAGCAAGCUUCAUCGUCACAAGAGUAAGGGCAAAAACGACGACCCUAAAGCAGCUGCCACAAGCAACCCAGGAAAAGAAAAUGAGCCCCCGGCCCCGGCGGCCCCGGCGGCCCCGGCGGCCCCCGAGACACCAAACCCAGACGAACCAUCUGUCGAACAGAAACCAACCACUGAUAUUCCCAAAGAAAAGACCUCGGAGAAGACAGGAACCCCGCCAAAGGACCGCUGGGACAUCGCUCUCAAGCAGCUUCCUCCCGCCAAGCAAGAGAAGUUGAGGGCUCUGGGAAUGGACAAGCUUAGCUCUGGCUCUGUCGAAUCCGAGAUUGAUGAUUUAGUGGGCCUCGUAAACAAGAAACAAGAAGAGUGCGAGAAGAAGUUCUGGCGUGUCUCGAUCGGAGACAAUGAUAUUGUUCUCCGCAACUAUACCACAAAGAUCGUUGGAUGGCUCGAGAAGGCUGGUGAUAUAGCAAUCCAAUUCGCUCCACCCCAGGCUAGCAUGCCAUGGUCGGUUGUCAAGUCAUUGAUGCAGAUUCCUGUGAUUGGUGAGGAACAAAUGGGUGCGCUUCUCGGGACAACCGAGGCUAUUGUCAGGAUCGUCAGCCGUGGCCAGGUAUACGAGCAAGUCUACCUUAACAAUGACUCCGAUGAAGCCGAAAGUAAGUUGUCGCAGGGCCUCGAGAAUGCUUUGAUCGGCAUAUAUCGCACUUCCUUGGACCUCUUGGCAGACUCGGGAAGUCUCUUUUCGCAAAAUACUGCUCGGCGUACGCUAGAGGCCAUUUUGAACCCCGGAAAUGUCUCGGGCGGCCUUUCGUCUCUUUCAGCGCAGGAGGAUGAGCUUCUGCGCGAUGUUCAAGCUUGCGAGACGCGUCGCAGUGCUGCAGCAGAUGAUCGGAUGAUCGGUAUGCUGGACUGUCUCAACGCCCCAUUGGUUCGCGUGGAUGAGAACGUGCAAAAGCUGCUCGAUAAGACAGACGAAACGGAUCGCCAAGAUCUUCUUGAGAAAAUCUCUACUGUCAAGUUUGGAAAACAUCAUGAUAACGUGAGAGAGACAAGAACUCCUGGCACAGGCGAAUGGCUGCUACAGAACGAGGCUUUCCAUCACUGGGAGGAGACCAGUUCAUCUGGCAUUUUCUGGCUUCAAGGAUCCCCUGGCACUGGCAAAACAUACCUCACGUCGCGAGUUGUUGAUCUCAUCAAGAGCGAGAUGGAAGACCUACCGCGAAACGAAGGAUUCGCUUUCUUCUAUUGCAACCGCAAUGAAGCCAAUCGCCGCGACUCGCUGUCUAUAAUCAGCAGUUAUGUGCGCCAGCUCGCGACUUCAGCGAGCAACCCCGACUCUAUGCAAACCAAGUUGAAGGAGCUUUGCAAGCAGGCCCAGCAGUCUGGAACAACAUUGAGCUUUGAUGCUUGUCAAGAGCAGAUUCUGGCUUCGUCUAACUUGUACAGCAAGACCACUCUUGUGAUUGAUGCAUUUGAUGAAUGUGACCAAGACUCGCGUGACAAGUUGAUUGAGGCUUUCAAUGAGCUUCUGGCAGAGUCAAAGAACACCUUGAAGAUCUACAUUGCUAGUCGUCCGGACCCAGAUAUCCAGUCCCAACUUCAAGAGGAGCAGCGGACUAGUCUAACGAUCCAAGCAAGUCAAAAUGCGCCGGACAUCGAGAGAUUCCUUGAUGAGCAGCUUCAAAAGCUUUCAAAGAAGGCUGCAUUUGUGGGAAAGAUAAAAACGAAGAUCAUCGAGAGGCUACUUGAGCGAUGCCAGGGAAUGUUCCAAUGGGCGUCACUGCAAGUCCACCAAAUCACACGAUGCAGAACUGAGUCCAGUGUGUGGAAGCGACUUGACAAUCUGCCAGAAGAUCUUCAAAAAGCCUAUGAUGAGAUUUGGGAACAAAUUGAGACACUGGAGGAUCCCGACAAGGAAUUCGUGAAGCGGGCCUUAAAGUGGGUUGCUGCGGCUACCGAGCCUUUGGAUAGCAAGUGCCUUCUAUCGGCCGUCCGUGUGGGCUCCCUUGAUGAUGGUGGGAUCUCGGAAGACGAGAUCGAUGAGCAAGGCCUGCUUUCCCUGUGUGGAAAUUUCCUGAUCAUUGAUCCCGAAUCUUACUGGCGCUUCUCGCAUCUGUCCGUCGUUGAAUAUCUGGAGGCAGCACAUCAGUGGAGCAAACCGCAAGCUCACUUGCAUGUGGCUAAUGCUUGUCUUUCACUGCUCAUCACAGCCUAUGAGAAUGAGGAUCCUUUCACUACGCUAAAGCACGAGACGGAGUAUGACUCCGAAGAUGAGGACAACAAGCCUCCAGAAUGGGUCGACAUCAUGGACACAGGGAAUCGAUUCCACCGGUAUGCUAGACAUCACUGGGUUGAGCACGUCCACGAAGCAAAGGUCACAGAGGACAGCCCCUUGGCAACGAGCCUGAAAAGAUUCCUCGGCGCACCCGAAGAGAGCAGCGUGCAGUAUCGUAGAUGGCUUGGACAAUUCCGAAAAGAAGUCUUCUGGAGUGGAGAUAUGCUCGAUUCCUCUGGCUUCCAGACAUCAGGAUUCGACUUGACUAAAUUCACGGACCGGGAAAGCACGUAUGCAUAUGGCAGCGAUCUUGUCUUUGCCAGCGAGCUAGAGCCAUCUGAUCAGCCUGUAUUUGCCAUGUGCCGAUUUGCUUUUGACACUAUUCUCACAGAAUGGUGGAACAGUCCAGCAAUUGACGUCUCGCAAAAGAACGAUCUGGGUCAUGAUCUUCUCACAAUAGCCACAAUCGGGGGCUCUGUAGCCAUCUGCCGCAGGCUUGUUGAGAAAGGAGCCCAAGUGAACUCGAAACAAUCGUUUUCCAUCUAUGGCAGUGCUCUUGUCGCAGCUGCAUGGUGGGGACAUACAGAUGUCAUCAAGUAUCUGGUUGAGGCUGGCGCGGACCCAAACAUCUAUCUCAACUCUCAGGAGGGAUGGGCUGACAGGGGAGACGAUGCAGACGGAGAAUCUUGCGAAGCCGAGGACGCUACUGAAUCAGAUGAGAGAGCCCCUGAGGGCUGGUUUGCAAGUCCUCUAGUUGCUGCGGUUGAGGAAAAUAACGUUGAGGCUACCAAAUACCUUGUCAAUGAAGCAAAGGCCGAUGUACACAAGAAGCUUACCUACGACGGCUACGGCAACGUUCUCGAGAUUGCUGCUUUCAAAGGCAACUAUGAGAUUAUCAAAUGUCUCGUCCAUGCAGGUGCUGAUGUGAACAAGCCGACAUUGCAUCCCUAUUCAGGAAGAAACAUUGACAGAGUGGUUGGCAACGGAGACUUGAAAACUAUCCGAUUUCUAAUCGAAGAAAGCGGCGCGGAUGUCAGGGCUCCGUUGCCAGGCAGCACGGUCAAUAUUCUCGUAAAGGCUGUCAAUACCAAAAAGCUGGAGAACGUCAAGUAUCUGGUGGAAAAAUGCCAUGUCGACGUCAAUGAAGGAUCGGAAUACGAGACUCCUUUGGUGGCAGCCAUAAAGACUGAGGACCUUGAUUUGAUCGAGUAUCUCUUGAAACGUGGUGCCGAUGUGAACAAAACAUGUGAUAACGGCCAAACAAACCCUCUCGCCCUCGCCACUGAGCGAGAAUACAGCGCCAUUGUACGCUUGCUGGUCGCAAACGGAGCAGACCCCAACUAG